GGGGGGACGCUGCGCUCCCUGAGCGGAACGGAGCUGACCAUGCCCUUCAAGAUUGAGAACAUCCCGGAUUCCCUCAAGGAGGAUACGCAGGAGCACCUCUCAAGAAGCAUGAACUUUUUCAACAAGGUCAACAAGGAGUUUCAGAAACUGCAGGAGCAACUCCAGCGAGUCACUGAACAGCGAGAUGCGCUUCGAGCUGAGAACGAAUCGCUCAAGAUGUCGCUCAGGACACAGGCCGACCAGCAGCAGGUCGUCAAGCCUGUCAUGCUGAGCCCGGCGUCGAACAUGCUUCCAGGAUCUGGGCCGGUAGCAAAGCCAUCCACGGCCAGUGAAGGGGGCGAUCGCUUUGUCAUCGACAGGCACCACUCCAACCUCCACAAGGCUCCUGUACAUAGCGUAGCAAUGAGCGAGGAUUCCACUCGUGUGGUGACGGCAUCAUGGGAUGCCACAGUCCACGUCUUCGACCUCACCCGGCAAGUGCUCGACAAGACUUUGCGCAAGCAGAAUAGCGAACCGAUGGGCGGCCUGUAUUCCGUGGCCUUUGCGAAGACGGCGCCGGACAUCUUGGGCUGCACCUCCGUGGACAGGCACGUGUACUUGUGGAACUACCAGACAGGCACACAGCAGUUCAAGCUGGGCGGCGAGAAGGGCCACCAGGACGAAGUGAAUGGAAUCGACUUCCACGAGGGCCAACAGGUCAUGGCCACCGCCUCCGACGACUCUACAGCAAUCAUCUGGGAUUUCGCUGAGGGCAUCCCACUGAGAACGCUCGUGCAUCCAGGCAAGCCUGUUUAUGGCGUGACCUUCCUUGGAAAGGAUCCGGAGAGGCAAUACUUUGUGUCGACUUGCUGUUUUGAUCAGAAGACACGAGUGUUUGACAUGCGCGACAAGAAGGUCGUCGUGACCCUUUCGGGCCACACAGAUGACAUUAUUGGCAUCGACUACUCCAGCCACGGGAUCUUGGCAACUGGCUCCGACGAUGGGACCAUCCUCGUCUACGACAUCAAGACCUGGAAGGUGCUUCACAAGCUCGAUUGCAAGGUUGACAUGUCGCAAGACACAGAGGUGAAGCGUGUUGGGUUUAGUAGAGACGGCGACAUGCUGGCGGCUGCAUGCUCGACCGGGAGCGUGGUUGUCUAUUCGGGCUUCACCUCAGCGGACAAGCCCAGGAUGCUGCAGAAGCUCAGCGGCCACACGGACUGCGUUUUCGACGUCGCUUGGGGAGUGACCCCAAGUGGCUCGAGGUUGCUGGUCUCCGCCUCGCACGACAAGUCUGUGAGAUACUGGAAAGAGACUUGA